ACAGAAAGAAGUCAUCACGAUUAAGUAUUAUCUACAGUAUUAACUGUAAAUUAUUGCUAGUUGUUUGUUUUUUAAAUUAUUCACAAAAAAUAAUUUUUUAAUUGUUAUAUUAAAAAAAAUACUCAUGCUAAAAAACGUUCUCGCUAUGCCUCUUCAUUUAAAAUGCCGGUCUCCCCUAUAUCCUCGUUCAACUGUACAAAGAUUUCCAGUUCCUGAUGAUAAAGUUGCUUGGAAUACAGAAUUUAUAGAGUACAAACCACCUACUUAUACAUCUCCAUCAAUACAGGGUCAACCAUGGGCGGAUCCAGAAAUUGGUAGAGCAAAUUUCAGCCCAAAGUGGAAUACAUUAGAUGGAAAAGUAAACAGAGAAAGUUACAUGGGUUUAUAUAAUAUAGUGAAUGGCUAUCCACUAAAUCCAGUUGGUCGUACUGGUAUUUGUGGAAGAGGUGUAUUAGGACGUUGGGGUCCUAACCAUGCAGCAGAUCCUGUUGUUACACGAUGGAAAAACACUGCAAAAGAUAUAGAUAAAAAACCUAUUCUUCAAUUUAUAGCAAUUAAGCGAAGAGAUACUGGGGAAUGGGCAUUACCUGGAGGAAUGGUAGACCCUGGUGAAAAAGUGGGAGCCACUGCCAUUAGAGAAUUUCAAGAAGAAGCUUUGAAUUCAUUAGAAGCAUCUGAAUGUGAAAAACAAGUUAUGAAAGAAAAAUUGGAUAAUUUCUUUAGUAGUGGCAUUGAAAUAUAUAGUGGCUAUGUUGAUGAUCCAAGAAAUACUGACAAUGCCUGGAUGGAAACAGUGGCUUAUAAUUUCCAUGAUGAAAGUGGUUCUAUAGUGAGUUCACUAAACCUGCAAGCUGGUGAUGAUGCUGUUGGUGUACAAUGGGUAGACAUUACAAGUGACAUAAAUCUGUAUGCAAGCCAUAAGGAUAUAGUCAAUAGAGUACUAAUAAAACAUACAUCUUAAAUUUUAUAAUACAAUAAAACAUUUUUGAAGGAA